UUCAAAGCUUAACCAAUAAAUAACCAUUACCAACAGUCCUACAUCCACUUUUUCACGGUCAAUUUCGUUAGUCAACUGCCGACGAAAAACAGAGGCUCCUGGCAUGGGUGUCUGCUUCUCCUCUGGCCCGACACAGAACUCUUCUUCCCUCGACCGACCUUACUAUUCAGGUUCAGCAAGCACUAACUGCAAAAACGUGGGAAUCACCGAAACCACGAGCAGCAGCACCGUAAAUAGACAGUUUUCCGUGAUUGUGAGUGGAAGCUUCUAUCGUCGUCCCAUUUCUCUUCCUCCUCCUCCACCUGAUGGCCUGAUUCCGAAAUGGCCAAACUUGAAGGUUUUCGAUUUUGAGGAGUUGAAAUCUGCCACAAACAAUUUCAGGCAUGACACAUUGCUGGGUCAAGGUGGCUUUGGCCGAGUUUACAAGGGAUGGUUGGAUGAGGAUACCCUCGCCCCUACCAAAGCAGGCUCCGGAAUGGUCGUUGCCAUAAAAUGGUUGAACCCCGAAAGCACGCAAGGGUUUGGCGAGUGGCAGACAGAACUAAACAUGAGAAGGCUUUCUCACCCCAACCUGGUCAAUUUAUUGGGUUACUGUUGGGACGAUGAUGAGCUUCUUCUUGUGUAUGAGUUCAUGCCAAAGGGAAGCUUAGACAAUUAUCUAUUCAAAAGAAAUCGUAACUUAGAAUUACUUUCUUGGAACACACGGCUUAAAAUAGCUAUUGGUGCAGCUCGGGGAUUAGCUUUCUUGCAUGCUUCUGAAAACAACGUCAUUCACAGAGAUUUCAAGUCCUCAAAUAUACUACUUGAUGGAAAUUACAAUCCAAAGAUCUCAGAUUUUGGCUUGGCAACAUUGGGGCCUUCUGAGGGACAAUCCCACAAUUACAAUCCAAAGAUCUCAGAUUUUGGCUUGGCAAAAUUGGGGUCUUCUGAGGGACAAUCACAUAAUUACAAUCCAAAGAUCUCAGAUUUUGGCUUGGCAAAAUUGGGGUCUUCUGAGGGACAAUCACAUAUCUCAGAUUUAGGCUUGGCAAAAUUGGGGCCUUCUGAGGGACAAUCACAUGCAAGUACCAAGAAUUACAAUCCAAAGACCUCAGAUUUUGGCUUGGCAAAAUUGGGGACUUCUGAGGGACAGUCACAUAAUUACAAUCCAAAGAUCUCAGAUUUAGGCUUGGAAAAAUUGGGGCCUUCUGAAGGACAAUCACAUGUAACUACCAGGGUCAUGGGCACGUAUGGUUAUACUGCUCCAGAAUACAUGGCAGAAGGCCACUUGUAUGUGAAGAGUGAUGUCUACGGAUUUGGCGUAGUGCUACUUGAAAUACUGACAGGCAUGCGGGCAUUUGACCCAAAACGGCCGACAGGGCAGCAUAACCUAGUUUUAUGGACCAAGCCUCUUCUCUCUUCCAAAAAAAAGUUGAAAAAAAUAAUGGAUACUAAGAUAGAGGGUCAAUAUUCACUUGAGGCAGCCUGGCAAGCAGCACAACUUACUCUAAAAUGCCUAAAAUCUGUCCCUGAAGAACGUCCUUCUAUGAAAGAUGUAGUUGAGGCAUUGGAAGCCAUUGAAGCUAUCCAAAACCCACAAUUCGCAGUGUACAUCUCAACCACCCCCUCGGCAGGGUCGUAAGAGUAUACACAAAUUUAUAUGAAAAAAAAACUAGAAAUUGAGAUUGAUUAUAUAUAGUAAUGUGCUCCAUUGAAUGGAUUGUCGUAUCAAUCAUUUAACUAGUUCA